GUUGCAUCGUAUCGUAUUUUUUGUGAAUAGAGCGAUUGGGAAAUUUCGAUUCCGUUGAAAUCCUUGAAGAAAUUGCAACUCGGAAUCAGGUAACGAUUGUGUAGUAAAACGUAAUAAAAUGUGUAUUGCUUAUCCACGGAUGGAUAAUUUGAAGUAAAGAUGGAGGAAGAUAUAAGUUCAAUUGAGGAACAGAAUAAAUCGUGUCGAACUAAUAAAAUAUCUCAUAAGUCGAAUAUUCGAAAAUUUUUUGGAAAUGUUUGGCGUAGAAUUAAAGAUGAAAUUAAUGAGGAAGAACGUAAACGUUCAAACGAGUACGGAGAUUAUUAUUUCUACUCGGAGUACGAGGAGGAACAAACGCCGAGAUACAGGCCCGACUCUUUGGCGAGUCUUUGUCGCGCCACCAGAUUCACAGAGGCAGAGUUGAAGAGAAUAUAUCGUGGCUUCAAGGCGGAGUGUCCCACGGGAGUCGUCAGAGAGGAAACUUUCAAGUGCAUCUAUUCACAGUUCUUUCCGCAAGGAGCCAAUACUAGCCAGUACGCGCAUUACGUUUUCAACACCUUGGACCAGGAUCAUAGCGGUAUUCUCAGUUUUGAGGACUUCGUUACCGGUCUCAGCAUACUGUCUCGUGGUUCCAUCGAUGAGAAACUGCGCUGGACAUUUUCCCUUUACGACAUCAAUGGCGACGGUUGUAUCACGAGGGAAGAAAUGACAGACAUCGUGACAGCUGUGUACGAGCUGAUGGGCAAGUUUGCCGAUCCGAAUUUGGAUCACGAGGGUGUACGUGAGAAAGUAGAUCGAAUGUUUCAGAAGAUGGACGGGAACAAAGAUGGGGUGGUGACGCUCUCGGAAUUUCUGGAGGCAUGUCAAGCUGAUCCGGACAUCUCUACGAGUAUGGCGGCCCUGGACACGGCCUUCUGACACUCGGCACGACCACGAUACAUGCCAUGGACCUGAAAACAUUCUGUCGAUUUGGAAAUAUAAUAUAUAAAUCGCUCAACGUUGUACCUUACCUCCUGGACCAGAGGGGAAAGAAUUUCCUCUGAGGUGUGUCACUGGUGUGAAGAUCUCGAGCGACAGAGAUCGGACCCCCUACAGUCUGCUCGUGCGCGAAUUUUCGGGAUCGAGGAGAGCAAGAUCUCGAGGGGA